GGCUUGAACAAUACUAUGGAUGAGACCAGAACACGACGCAUUGAGAGCACACUUCUACAUUCGUCUCUUUCUUUACCAGUUUACAAAUCUUUUCAGGUUGUAUCACAAACGAUCAAGAGUUGUUUGGACAAUUUGCCUGGCUUUCCAAGAACACAGAUCGGGUUUAUAACUUAUGACAGUACAUUACACUUUUAUAAUAUGAAGUCAUCCUUCACUCAGCCACAAAUGAUCGUCAUGUCAGAUCUGGACGAUGUAUUUAUUCCGUUGCCAGAUGAUCUCCUUGUCAAUUUGUCGGAAUCAAGAACUGUGGUAGAUGCAUUUUUAGACAGCUUGCCUUCAAUGUUCCAGGAGAAUGUAAAUGUGGAAUCAGCAUUUGGUCCAGCUCUUAAAGCAGCCUUCAUGGUUAUGAGUCAACUUGGUGGUAAAUUGCUGAUCUUUCAGCACACUCUUCCAUCAUUAGGUGUUGGCCGCUUAACGCUGCGAGGAGAUGAUCUUCGUGUUUAUGGAACUGACAAGGAGCAUACAUUGAGAACUCCAGAAGAUCCUUUCUAUAAACAGAUGGCCGCCGAUUUCACCAAGUAUCAAGUAGCAGUUAAUGUAUAUGGUUUCAACGACAAAUAUACUGAUAUAGCUACAUUAGGGACUCUUGCAAAGUAUACAGGUGGUCAGGUAUAUUACUAUCCAAGUUUCCAAGCUGCUGUUCACAAAGAAAAAUUACAUCAUGAGUUAGCCAGAGAUCUUACAAGGGAGACUGCUUGGGAGUCUGUCAUGCGUAUAAGAUGUGGAAAAGGUGUUCGUUCCACUACGUAUCAUGGGAACUUCAUGCUGAGAUCUACUGAUCUAAUGGCACUUCCAGCUGUUGACUGUGAUAAAGCAUAUGCGAUGCAGUUAUCGCUUGAGGAAACAUUGCUUACAUCUCAGACGGUCUAUUUCCAAGUAGCCCUAUUAUACACUUCAUCUUCUGGAGAAAGGCGCAUUAGGGUGCACACAGCAGCAGCACCUGUGGUCGCAGACUUAGGAGAAAUGUAUCGCCUGGCUGAUACGGGUGCCAUUGUUUCUCUUUUUACGAGGCUGGCUAUUGAGAAAGCUCUGACCUCUAAAUUGGAGGAGGCUCGAACUUUUAUUCAACUCCGGAUUGUGAAAGCUCUUAGAGAAUAUCGAAAUCUCCAUGCUGUCCAACACUUCCUAGGAGGAAGGAUGAUAUAUCCAGAAUCUUUAAAAUGCUUGCCCUUGUAUGGAUUAGCAUUAUGUAAAUCGAUAGCCUUCCGUGAUGGGUAUGCUGAUGCUCAGCUUGAUGAACGCUGCACUGCUGGAUAUACCAUGAUGGCUUUGCCUGUUAAAACAUUGUUGAAACUUCUUUAUCCGCAGUUGAUUCGUGUAGAUGAAUAUCUUCUAAAGAAACCAUCUUUGGGUGAGGAUUCUAUAGACAUAUGGAAUGGGCUUCCACUUGCUGCAGGGAGUUUAGAUCCUCAAGGUCUCUAUCUCUAUGACGAUGGUUUUCGGUUUGUCUUGUGGUUCGGUAGGAUGCUUUCACCUGAUAUACUUAACAAUUUGCUUGGGGAAAACUUUGCUGCUGACUUCUCUAAGGUUUCUCUUCGAGAACUAGAUAAUGAAAUGUCAAGAAAAUUGAUGGGCUUGCUUAAGAAGUACAGGGAAAGUGACAGCUCAUAUUAUCAAUUAAGUUAUCUGGUGAGACAAGGUGAACAGCCUAGAGAAGGAUACUUCCUGCUUGCAAAUCUAAUUGAGGAUGCAGCUGCUGGUGCAAAUGGUUAUCUUGAUUGGAUUAUGCAACUUCACCGGCAAGUCCAGCAAAAUGCAUAAUUUAAGUUUUCUUGGUCCACUGAGCUGUCGUUCUCCGAGGACAUUGGAAGUGAUGAUGUGCCCUAUUAUAUAUGGUCUGCCGGAUGAGCUAAAGCUUUCAUGUAAGAAACUCUGCUAUUAGUAUCGACACUGCUGAUUGCUUCAUUUACCUGAUUUAUGGUGUAACAUUAACUCGAAGAACUACUAGAGUUUGCUUCUCAAGUUGGAAUCAUUUCGAAAUAUGCCUGGACCUGUGGAUCCAUGAUGGAGCAUUUUUGAAAUAUUGGAAGAAGGGAGACCCCAGUUCCUAGCUGUACUGCCUGAGCAUGAAUGUUUUUUAAUUUUUUGGUUUCGUGGUACAGAGUAUUAUUAGAUUGAACAUUUGUUGAGUUGAUUGUCUUUCCUCUUCUUUUUGGGCGGGAUAGAACGUGAUUUUGCAUGCGUUCCUGGGACCGUUUUACUUAGAUGUAGGUAGGUAUGAGGUUUUGUACAUCGCAUCUUAGUUGGGGUAACCCAAAAUUUUCCUGCCCAGGAACAAUUUUGUAUUUGCUUAAGCGAGUAGCGCCAUGAAACUUCUGUAAGGAGGAAUACGUUACGAUAUUCAAAAUGCCAUGAAAUUUGUUUUUGUUAUGAA